CUGAAGUACAAUACGUGAGCAAAAACAACAAUUUACGCCUGAUCGUGACUGAAAUGGUCCUCACACGGCAAGGAAGACAAGUUAGUAAUUCGGCUUUGCCAUUUCUGCCUUUGUUUCUUCGGGCUGCAGUCGUAAAAGGAAUGAGGAGGGGUGGAAAAGAGUUGGGUAUUCCUACAGGUAUGACAUAACAUAACUGGUUUUCUUUACUAUUCUUAUGUUUACUGAUUCCGUGCGGAGCCGACUUUACAAAUACGAUCCAUCAUGUAAGUGUACAUGUAAGCUUGUGAAGACGCGAGCUAUCUUUAAUGUCUGAGGCUAGAAAAUAAACAGAAAAUAACCAGAGAUGGUUUCGUGAAAUGAUUACUUUUUUGCAACUUGAUCGCAGCUCAGAGAAUACUUAGAUAGCCUUAGUGGUAUUGUCAGACUACGGUUGUCUCGAGACAACCCGAAACAGAGAUAGAUAAAUAUUCAGCUUGCCUUAGAUUUAUAAAAUUGGAUACUCGAACGUGUUAAUUUAACAAAAAAGGUCUAAAGAUCACGUAGUAUAGCCCAGUCACAAUUUGAGAGGUCUUUUAGCAAUGCUGUUAGGGUUUCUCAAGUCUGGCUCUCUUCCGUGGUACCUAAGUUUGGCUAUUGCGCAAUUUUUUAUGGUCUGCGGUUUCAAACACGUGAAGAGCGACAUCCAAUCUGAAAAAUCCUAUUGCUGAGAGUCACCCCUACUUCUUACGGUGGCUAAAAUGCCUUCAGAUAUCAUUACGAACUUUUGGCCAUACUUUUGCCGAGGAGAAGUUGUUAAAGGUUUCGGCAGAGGAAGCAAAGAAUUAGGAAUUCCGACCGGUGAGUGUCGUGCGAAGAAGCGGAUCCAAGUGUUCGUUUUUCACGCAGUGUGAAAAUAAUAUUACAUCUACGUAUUCGGUUCGGAUUUACUUGUUGCCAAUUUUGUUCUGAGAAAUCGUAUUUGACAUUGACCGAAAGUGGAUUAAGAUAGCGCUAAAAGUCGUGUUCAUCGAAGUUCUUCGCGAUGCUAUUUCGGCCGUUGAUUAAAUUUCUGUGUGGUCAUCAUGCUGUGCUAUUUGUAGCGAAACUUUGCGCGACUCACGCAAAUUUUGCUGUGUCAUGUAUUUAUUUGCAUUUUAUUUUCAUUUCUUUCUUCUGACCGAUAACCUGGACUUAGAUACUCGAGUGACAUAGCACUGACAGAGUCCACUGAAAAAUGUAAUUCGCAUUUAGUGUUUAGCGAUUACGUAGGCGUUUCUCUCUCUUUCUUUCUUUUUCUUCUUUUUAGUCAAGGUGACCUACGAUCGAGCUAAUAAUAUAAUUCCCAUUUUUCUUAAAAGAAUAGGAUGUUAAAAUGAUUUUGUGGUUUUUUUUCUGCAAAACAGGACACAUGUGAGCCAUGUGUUAUAAAAAUCUUUCAGCUGUAGUGAUAUCAGUUAUAUAUGAGAACAGUAAACUAUCACAGAGUAUUCAGUAAAGUGGGUAACAUACACUAGAAAGGAGAGAGUAUUCAUUAGAAUUUGUUUUUAAAAGGAUUCAAGUGUGCCAUUUAUUUGGACACUGGGUUUAAAUUGAACCAGCUUCUGAUUAUUAAUGCAGAGUUGAAAUUUCUUAUAUAUCAAGACAACUUGCUUUUGGAUCUAUGCUGUCAAGUGUACAUUGCUUAAAAAUAAAACCAAACUAACUUUAAGUUCCCUUUGAGGAAACUGGUUAAUGGAACUUGCUAGUCAAAUGUGUAAUCCCUUAUCCAGAAGAAUCUGAUGCUUCUUCUUUUAACCCUUUAGCUCCCAAGAUCUCAUUAGUAAUUCUCCUUACUGUCUGCCAUAUAGUUCUUGUGAUGUUAGUUUGAGGAAUCUGGUAUUGAAUCAACUAAUAAUCCCCUCAUUAAGAUUUUUCUUUAUUCUCAUCACUUGUCUGCUCAAUAUUGUAUUGAUAUUGUAAGGAGAAAUUCUGUCUUGGUCGCUCAUGGGAGUUAAAGGGUUUAUGUCUCUGAUGAUUUGCUGAUAUUCAAGCUCAUCCAGGAAUGUCAAAAGUUCUAUUAAUGUACUAUCAUCCUUUCCUCUCUGGAUUAGCUCAAAGGCUGACCUGCCAUUUUUAGCACUAAUAGAGCUUCAGAGAGUUAUAAUAGACUGUUGGCCCCAAGAUACCCUAGCAUACAUGCAGUAACCCACAGGUUAAUAACCCUUCUUUUCUUUAUUUGCAGCAAACUUCCCUACAAGUGUGGUGGAUAAUUUACCAGAGACAAUAAGUACUGGAAUAUACUAUGGUUGGGCAAGUGUUGAUAGAGGACCUGUGUAUAAGAUGGUGAUGAGUAUAGGCUGGAAUCCAUUUUACAACAACACCAAAAAAUCAAUGGUAAGAGAAAGAAAAGGAUACCUUGGAUUCAGAUUAUUGAUAGCAGCUCAAAGGAGUUUGAAACAUCCCUCCGUAAAAUAUAUUUUGCCAUUUACAUUGAACAGUCCUAUCUGGCAAAUAUCCUCCCUGUAUGCUUAACUGUUUUAAAAAAAAAAUUUGUGAAAAUUAUAUUUGGGCAAUUUUUUUAUUUCCAUUGUAUGAUCAGAGGUAAACUUUGUUAAUUUAUUGGGUUUCAGGAGACUCAUAUAAUUCAUACUUUUGAAAGUGAUUUCUAUGGAUCAGAGCUUAGUGUGGUUAUCCUUGGAUUUAUUCGACCAGAAAGAAAUUAUCCUUCAUUAGGUUGGUAUUAGUCAUAUGUUGGUAUUAGUCUUAUGCUAUAUGCCUAUGAAUAGAAAAGGAAAGGGCACAACACUUUCCUCACUCUUUUUUAUCCCUCUAUCAUUUCCUUUGCUGCCUUUUACAUUUCAGUGUUGUUUCUCUAUUUCUGUUUACUUGUCUGUUGAUGUCAUUUUUUAUCAUAUUUAAAGGAAAAAAAUAUAGGGUCCACACCUGUGUUGAUGUUCACAGCACCUUGUUCACUGGGCUGUUUUAUUUCUCACCCACAUAUCAAAUUCUAGAAAUUGUUUACCAACUGCAUAAAAACAUUUUAAAAUGUUAUUGUAGGUGUGAUCCCCCAAGUGAUAGGUGCAACUGUGCCAUUAUCACACCAGGCACUCAAUUUCCUUUUUCAGGAUCUAUAUUGAACUUGUAACAUGUGUUUUGAUUCAACUGGGGUUUUCCAGCAUACAAGGGCAUGACUUUUACUGUUUCACUGGGGCUUAAAUAGUUUCCUAAACAUUUAUUUCACUUAUUUUUAAUAAUUAAUUUUCUCUGUCUCAAGAAGGCUGUUGAAGUUGACCAGAUUUGCUUCUUUUAAGUGCAGUAUUCAAAUUUGUUGUUCUUUGUGGCAGGAAAAUAAUAUACAGUUUAUACAGUUGCAUAUUUUUCAUUUGAGUUUGGUUUAAAUUUUAAAGUAAAUAUUGAAGUAUAAUGGAGCAAAUGGUGCUUGAUUUUGAAAAGAAGCCCAUGACAAUCAAAUACAUGUACUUGGUGUCAGAGUGGAGGAAUAUGUGGUAGAUCUUGAGAUAAUAUAUAGAUUAAGCCAAGGCUAAAAGCGAAGCACACAUUUUUUUUUCUCGCACAUCUCAAGGGCACAAUGCCUUGCCCCAGCCAGGACUAGAACCUGGGUUGUCAGAGAGGAGGAAUACAUGGUAGAUCCAUGAGAUAUGAGUCAGAAAUUACAGAACAAGUUAUGCCUAGAUUCCUGCAUUCUGUGAACAGAGUUAACCACACUCAGCUUCUGUGAUAAAAGAACUAAUGGCUGUACUUCUGUUUCAGAAUCUCUCAUAGAAGCCAUUCAUUCAGAUAUUAAGGAGGCUGAACAAGCUCUUGAAAAGACUGAAAACAAAGAGUAUGCAUCACAUAGCUUUUUCAACAAAACGGAUGAUUGUACAUAA